AUGACUCUUUCGCUAGUUCUAUUUCUCAUUGGGAUUCUAGGGUUCAUCCUGAACCGUAAAAACAUUAUCCUAAUGAUUAUUUCCAUCGAAAUUAUGCUUCUAGCUGUUACAUUACUUGCACUAGUUAGUUCAUACCAAUUCGAUGACAUUAUGGGACAAACAUACGCGGUGUACAUUAUUGCUAUUGCCGGAGCAGAAUCUGCUAUUGGUCUAGGUAUUCUGGUAGCAUACUACCGACUACGAGGUAACAUUUCACUACGAUCAUAA